AUGCUAACCAGACAUCCUUCAAGUAUCAAUUUAAAUACAGACAAGAAGGAUGAAAAAGACAUUUCAAUUGUUACCAACUCUACCGACAUCAACUUUGAUAUACAUAUUAACAUAAUUUCGACAGAGAAAGUUACAGAAACCGUUGCAAAACUUGAGUAUAAAAAUCUCAAUAAAAUAAUGUCUACUGGUACCGACAAUGUUUUAAACGACGGAACAAAAGAAUUAGAAUCAAAUCUUUCGGUUAAUAAUAAAACUAAGGAAAAUAGAUCAUCAAAGGAAUAUAGAUCAUCAAAAGAAUAUAGUUUAGGAUCAGGUACAAGUAAUAGUUCUAUGGAUGAUAAAGAGGAAAAACAAGAAGUAAAUGAAUCAAUAAAUCCAGGUUUGGAUACUUCAUCUUUUACUUCAGUUACGGAGACAAAUUAUUCAGAGUCUUCAGAAUCUGGUCGCUCUAAUGAACCAGAUUCACCUCCUUUAACAUUAAUACCAAACGUUAUUGAAAUUGAAAGAGGAAAAGGUUCUUUAAGGCGAAAAAAAUCAAAUCGUUCUAUAUUUUCAGUAUUAUCUUUAUCUAAUAAAGAUGUAAAUAAGGGUUCUUUAUCAGAAUCAGAAGGUGAUCCUCCAAAAACUACUUCACCUAAAUCUCCAUCGAAAUCUGAUAGGAUUUUAGGACGUUCGGGAUUUUCUUCUUUAUCUAUGAGAAAACGUCGUUCAAAACCAACUAUACCCCUAGAGGAUCAAUUAAAUGUUCCUUUAUCACCUGAAUAUUCGUCUUCUGAUAUUCCUGAAAAGACUUCAACUUCAAAAGUCGGAAAACUUCUUGGUUUGACCCCAAUGGAAGAAAGGAUAUUAUUGGAUAAACCUUCGAAUGGUAAAAUUAGUAAAAAAAUACGUGGUCCUUCUUCAUCUGUUGAUGGAAAGCAUAAUGAUAAAGAUGAAAAAGGUCAUGAUAGAAGUAGAAACAAUAGCCAGGUCAUAAGUGGAAAUAGUAAUAAAAUUAAUAAAAUUCUUGGAGUAUCAAAUGUUCAUGAUGAUAUAUCAACUGUAGAUAAAUCAAAUAAGGCUGGAAAAAUUCUUGGGUGGGAUGAUAGGGAUGAUAAUGAAAUAGAUAAGAAGGCACAUACACUAUAUAUGGAAAAGUUAGUAUCGGAAUUUAGAUCUGCUCGUACAAACGUUAAUAGUCAAGUCACUGUUGCUAGCAUUCGUAAUGCUUCAGCAUUUACUGGAAAUUUGUCCAAAUAUAUAAAUACUAAUUUUGUCCUAGCAAAAUCGAGAUCAUGGAAAAAAAGAUAUUUUAUUUUGACAAAAAAUACUUUAUAUUGUUUUAAGUCAAAUGAUCCGACUGCUAUUUUAAUGGAUAGUUUCGAAUUAACUGCAAAUACUAUUGUAUGCGUUAGUGAAGCAUUUACUGGUCGGUCUUGGGUAUUAGAAGUUAGAAAAGAUCAUAAACCAUGGUUCUUACAAGCAGAAAGUGUUGAUGAUAUGAAAACUUGGCUAACAGAAUUAAAAGCAACAGUGGUAAAAUGUAAAUAUAAAGAACAAGAAUUACCUGAUGUUCCUAAUCGUUCCUUAAAACCAAUUGAUGAUGAGGAUAGUGAGAAAGAUGUAUUUUCAACACCAAAAGCAUCAUUGGAAAUUCCACAUAAAACAAAUAAACCUUUGGAAGAAAAUACUAAGACAUUCGAACAGGUCUCCCUGCCUCCUCCACCGAGGCCGAUUCCUCCUCCACCUCGAUCGAGAUCUCGUUCACCUUCUCCGACGAAAUUGUCAUCACCAACUCAUCCAUUGUCACCUCACCUUAUUGUGAAUGGGGAUGUAGAAGAAUUUAUUGGAUCCAUAAAAAAAGACCAGACGAAAUCAGAACUUCCAUCACGUCCUUCUUCUCCAGUUGAAACUUUAUCACCACCAAGGACAAGACAAGAACAGAUCAUAUCAAUUGAGAAUGUAACAUCCUUUGAUUCUAACGAUCCUCAGCAAUUGUCACAUGUAAGAAAUGACUCGGGCCCUAUUAAUAUAGGAUUACCAAUAAGUACAAGUAUACCCCGUCGUCGUCUCUCUCCGCCUAUCAAGAGGGAGGAAAGAAAUAGCGUUCGACAAAGUAUUCCGAUAAUGAUGUCACCAAAUCUUUUUAAGACGACAUCAUAUAAUACUGUUAUUGGGACAUCAUUAUCACCUCCGCCUCGUUCGCCAAGAUCACCCCCCCUUGUAGGAUCGGAAAAUUCUUCAACAUCAUCAUCACCAGAAGGUUUACGGUCGAUUAUUCGGGUUGGUCCUCCACCAAAUAUUCCUUUACCUUUACCACCUCCUAUACCACCUCCUAGACCAAAAUGUACGAUAACUCAAAAUACAGUACCUAGAUCACCACAAACACCACGAAUUUCCAAUGAUAUUCCAAGAUCUUCAAUACCUCAUGAUAGAAUGAGAACACCAACACCAACGCGUUUUACACAUUCACAUCGUGCAAUGAUGUAUUUACCUCCUUCUCUCCCACCACCGACAAUACCAUUGCCACCAGUACCGACUGAACCAAUGAACAAUGAUACGUCAGUGACAAAUUAUUCAACAUCCGUUAUAACGGAAACGAUAACUGAGUUUCCUGACGAUGAUGACCUAGAUCCAGAUUAUGCAGAAGAGUUAGAGGCAUCUCCCGAAUCUCAAAAAUAUGAUAUCCUUUUUUUUAAAUCAAACUUCUUAAAUAUGACUGAUUAUAAAAUUCUUAAGAUUUUAGAAAAUGGUAUCGAAUUAAAUGUAAGAGCGAUUGAAAGUUUUCGAGUAAUCCCUGAAUUAUAUUAUUUGUGA